CUAUGUCAACGACAUCAGUAAAACAUCGUGAUUUUGUAUCUGAACCAAUGGGCGAUAAAGAUGUCACCGCAGUUGCCGGCAUUGGACCUACGUAUGGUGAAAAAUUAGCGAAAAUUGGUUUUGAUAAGGCUUACGUUCUCUUUGGUCAAUUCUUAUUAUUAAAAAAGGAGAAAGAACUCUUCAUAGAUUGGUUAAAGGAAGUGGCUGGUGUAAGCAAUAAUCAUGCAACUUCUGCAUUUAACUGUCUAAAUGAAUGGAGCGAGCAGUAUAUUU